AUGAUGGCUCAGAUGAUGAUGAUGAUGAUAAUAAUAACGAUGAGGAUGAUGACCGAUGAUGAUGAUGAUGAUUCGGAUGAUGAUGAUGAUGAUGCGGAUGAUGAUUCUAAUGAUGAUGAUGAUUCGGAUCAUGAUGAUGAUGAUGAUGAUGAUGAUUCGGAUGACGAUGAUGAUGAUGAUGAUGAUGAUGAUGAUGAUGAUGAUGAUGAUGAUGAUGAUGAUGAUUCGGGUGAUGAUGAUGAUGAAAAUGAU